CCGUAUAUACCAACAAGAAGUUAUCCGCGUUUGCCUGGCGUCCUUCUACCAAUUCUGCUAUGCCCGUCCUGUGAGCUUUACCCGUAAUACACCGCAAGAUCAUCUACAGGACCACGGUCACUUCAAUCGCAGGCCCGUUGAUUGAUCAGGCGUUUAUGUUCUAGUCUAGCACAGGGUCUGCCGGGGGUUUCCUAUUCCAACAGAGCCCGCGAGCCGCGGCUUCAGGGGUCAAUCAUGGCCGACGGCCAUAUUGACGAUGAAGAUCUAACUGCAGCCCCGGCGACAAGUUGCCUGCCUUUCCAAUCAUCGACUCUAUGCAGACCUGUCUCUGUCGACCAGCCGGGGCUACCGCCGACAAGAUUCUGGACCUGGCCCUUUGGGUCCCUCCUCUUCGAGAACGAAACGAGCGAUGCGCGCGACCAUUGUGCCCCCAAGCCUUCUUUCUUGUCCUAUCUCCGCCUCUCCAUCUACAUGUCGGUCGUAUCAGUUGCCAUUGUUCUCUCCUUCCAUCUCAAAAACCAGCCAAGCGAGCUUGAGCUUCGGAUGGCCAGGCCAUUAGGCGCUACCUUCUGGGCCCUCUCUGUUUGUUGCUUGUUCCUCGGAGUUGGGAACUACGUCAAAACCGUAAACAAAUAUGGCAGGAAAGCCGCCAUUGUCCAGACGGGGUGGAGGACGCAGCUGGUCUUGACCAUCGUGGCAAUGAGCAUCGUGGGGACGUGCAUCGUCCUCCUAAUCAUCGCCAAGAUCGGCGCACAUGGAAGCACCCCAUGACUAAGUACCAUUACCCUACCUAUCUAGCCUAUACCAACGUGGAAAUUUCAGCUUCCCGUUCUUCAGGCCCGUAUCAUGAGGAUGUUUGAUUUAUUUUGUUGUUCCCAUGUCCCAGUUUUGAUAUGUCUGCGUAACGGUGAUGGGCGCUUCAAAAACAGCCCAAGGGUAUCCGAAAGAGAAAGGAAAAAGAAUUGGCCAUACAUACAAAGCACAGACGGCAGCGCAAUCUGUCCAUUCAUGAAACAUAAAGCAUUUAUAGCACAUUCGCCUCAUCGUUCUUCUCACAGAAGAGAUCCUUCGCCGUCAGAUGAACCGAUGCCCUGUCGGCCUCUUCUUCACUGCAUCCGCCGACUUCGCGACGCCAUUUAGCAGUGUACUGCCUAGCCGCAUCAUCCAAAUCGCCGAGACCUGUGGCCGUGCCGUCCC